AUGCCUAGCCUGGUAGUACCAGGGAUAAUGGAAAGGAACGGGGGUUUCGGCGAUUUAGGCUGUUUCGGUGGGAGCGGCAAAGACAGAGCGCUGCUGGAGGAUGACCGGGCGCUGCAGCUCGCCCUGGACCAGCUCUGCCUGCUGGGGCUAGGCGAGCCUUCCUCCUCCUCCUCCUCCUCCGCCGUGGUGCUGGUGGAGGACAGCAACAACAACAACAAUAACCCGCCGCCGCCGCCGCCGCAGCAGCCCCCGCCGCCGCCGCCGCCGCCGCAGCAGCAGCCGCCGCCGCCGCCGCCACCGCCCCCCCCGGCCCCGAAGGGCUCGUCGGCGCCCAGCGCCGGGGCGGCGGAGCCCAAGUUGUGCGCCUUGUACAAGGAGGCCGAGCUGAGGCUCAAGAGCAGCUCCAACACCACCGAGUGCGUCCCGGUGCCCAGCUCCGAGCACGUGGCCGAGAUCGUGGGACGGCAAGGCUGCAAGAUCAAAGCCCUGCGGGCGAAGACCAACACCUACAUCAAGACACCAGUGCGGGGCGAGGAGCCGGUCUUCAUGGUGACGGGACGGCGGGAGGACGUGGCCAUGGCCCGGCGGGAGAUCAUCUCCGCCGCCGAGCACUUCUCCAUGAUCAGGGCCUCCCGCAACAAGGCUGGCACCACUUUCGGCAGCGCUCCCACCUUGCCGGGGCAAGUCACCAUCCGGGUGCGCGUGCCCUACCGCGUGGUGGGCUUGGUGGUGGGCCCCAAAGGAGCCACCAUCAAGCGGAUCCAGCAGCAGACCAACACCUACAUCAUCACGCCCAGCCGGGACCGCGACCCCGUCUUUGAAAUCACCGGAGCGCCGGGCAAUGUCGAACGCGCCCGGGAGGAGAUUGAGACCCACAUUGCGGUGAGGACGGGCAAGAUCCUGGAGUACAACAAUGAGAACGACUUCCUCUCCAGCAGCCCUGACUCCGGCAUGGAGAACCGCUACUCGGAGGCCUGGCGGGUCCACACGCCGGCGCCGGGCUGCAAGCCCCUCUCCACCUUCCGACAGAACAGCCUGGGCUGCAUCGGAGACUGCUCCGUCGACCCCGUCUACGAGACCCCCCGCCUGAAUGACCAAAACGACUUCAAUUACGGUUACCUCUUCCCCAACUACGGUGUGAACAAGCAAGAUCUGUAUUACGGGGUGCCGGAGUCGGGCGCCCCGAUGUGGGCUGGGCAGGAGAACACCAACCCCGUCUCGGUGCUCUUCUCGAAGCAGCAACGGUCCAGCAGCACCGGCGCCAUCCACCCAAAUUCACAUCGCUCCCCGUCCUCCUCCAUCCAGGAGCCCAAUCUCUCUGGUCUCCCGAGGAGGUCGCAGGGGGAACCCCUCCAAGGGUUUUCCAAGCUGGGGAGCACCACCGCUGCCCGGACGUCUGUCUCCAGCAGCCGCGAGUGCAUGGUGUGUUUUGAAAGUGAAGUUACGGCAGCUCUGGUGCCCUGUGGCCACAACCUCUUCUGCAUGGAAUGUGCCGUGAGGAUCUGUGAGAGGACUGAUCCCGAGUGCCCGGUUUGCCACGCUGCAGCCACUCAGGCCAUUAGAAUAUUUUCCUAA